UUGAUUCCAGUUUAAUCAAAGGGGAGAUAAAUACCGAACCAAGAAAAACAUGGCAUCUUCAGGACCUGGUAUAAAAUGUCCAAUGAUGCUUCUAGCAGGCAAUUCUCACCCAGAGCUUGUACAGUUAAUAGCAAAACGUUUAGGUAUUAAGCUAUCUGAGAUAACAGUUUUCCACAAGACAAACAGAGAGACCAAUGUAGAGAUUGAAGAGUCUGUCAGAGGAAAAGAUGUUUAUAUUGUACAGACUGGUACAAAAGAUGUUAACAAUGAUUUGAUGGAAUUGAUGAUUAUGGCCUAUGCCUGUAAAACCAGUUGUGCAAGGAAUAUAAUUGGAGUUGUACCAUACAUGCCAUAUUCAAAACAGUGUAAAAUGAGGAAACGAGGGUCUAUAGUGUGUAAAUUAAUGGCUACUUUGCUAGGAAAAUCAGGCCUGACACAUAUUAUCACAAUGGAUUUACACCAGAAAGAAAUCCAGGCCUUCUUUGACAUUUCUAUAGAGAAUCUCAGGGCAUCACCAUUUCUUAUAGAUUAUAUAGAACAAUCAAUUCCAGAUUACAGAAAUGCCAUUAUAGUGGCUAGAAAUCCGAACUCUGUAAAACGAGCUACAUCAUAUGCAGAGAGGUUACGUCUUGGUAUAGCUGUUAUUCAUGGGGAAGAUAAGAUCAUGGAACAAGAUGAUGGAGAAGAUGGCAGAAACUCUCCUCCUCUACCAGAGGCUGCUGCUGGGUCCAAUGUGGGAAUGGGAUUUGGUCUUGAAAGUCUUCCAGUUUUACAGUGUAAAGAGAAGCCACCUUUAAGUGUAGUAGGUGAUGUGAGUGGUAGGAUAGCUAUAAUUGUUGACGAUAUGAUUGAUGAUGUUGUGUCCUUUGUCAAAAUAGCCGAAGUAUUAAAAGACCGUGGUGCAUACAAGGUAUUUGUAAUGGCUACACAUGGUCUCUUGUCAUCUGAUGCACCCAGGUUAAUAGAAGAAUCUUGUAUUGAUGAGGUUGUAGUGACAAAUACAGUUCCACAUGAAAUUCAGAAGAUGCAGUGUCACAAGAUAAAGACUGUUGACAUCAGUGUCAUGUUGUCAGAGGCAAUACGCAGAAUACACAACAAUGAAUCCAUGUCCUACCUCUUCAGGAACAUUGCUCUGGAAGAUUAAUCAUAGUUAUCUGUUAAUGUGUCAUUACAACUAGUUAUACCUGUUAUGAAAAUAUCUUAUUUUUCUAUACAAUUGUUCAAAGUGUCAGCACUUUAAAGUAACAUCAAGGUAUAUGAUAUAAAUUAUCUGGUCCUCAGUUUUGGCUGAGUUAGGCAAAUAAUUGGAUUUGAAGUCACAUCCUGUAAACAAUUAAUACAAAUUUAUCUUCUGGAAACAGAAAUUAGCAAUAUUUUUAUCAGUGAAAAUUUCUAAAUAAACAGUAAAUUGUUGUUUUUGAGUUUUUUACCAUGGGAGACAACUCUAACUUAAAAUAUGAAAGAUGAUUCUGAAUAGCAAAUUAAUGAUGGUUUCCAUUCUUAAGAGAUGUUUUUUUUUUUAAUUUGUCAAAUUUGUAAAUUUUGCUGAUAAAGAUAACAUUUAUUUUAUUUUACAUGUAAAAAUUCAAUGUUGAAAUAUCAAGUACAAGAACUGGCCAGUGUCAAGUUAAUUUUUAAGUUCUAAGGAAAUGUGAAUGUCUUAUUAAACUAGUGGAAAAAAUUUGAAAUAUAAGAUACUGUUUUUAAAGGGGCAUUAGCUGUCAAAUUUGUGUUUGCCAAUUUACAUAGCAAAAUUUUUUUAGCUUAUUUUGACAAAAUUGUACCAAACUAAAUGCUAAUAGUAAAAUACUUUUUCAAUGUUCUGCUUUUGUAAAUCAUAUUCUAUUUUUUUUUCUUAAUCGUAGCUAAUGCCCUUUCAAGUAUGUUUUGCAGUUUCCCCCUGGUGUUUUUAAGUAUUUUGUUGCAAUAACUAAAACAUUAUACAUUGUAUUUCAUGCCUAUUCUGUUAAUUCACAUACCUCAUAUGAUGAAUCUAUAUUGAUGGUUUUUGUUGUUUUUGGUUUUUUUUUUUUUAAGAAUUAGGUUGGUUUUUUAAGUUUUAAUGUUAUUGUUGCCCAUUAGAACAUAAUGAAAAUUUGUAAUUCUAAUCCAUCAUUUAACAAAGUUAUUGCUUUAUUAUGUUACUGUUUGUUCUAUAUAAAUGACCUGUUCCCAGAUUGAAAAUUGUUUUUUUUUCUUUUCCAAUAAAUUAGAGAUGGUUUGUAAAUAUUUGAGGGACAUUUUUUCAUAGUUUUUCAGAUGAAAAUGUUUUCUCCAUAGCUGUUUACUAUAUUUUGUAAACAGUAUUUUCUUUGUAUGAUGCUGAUGACCAAAAUUGUAUGAAUUAUGUACUUAAAUAUGAUAGACAUAUCAAAAUAUCCCUAUAUUAAAUUCAUAGUGAUCUCUUUAUUCCUUGUGGACCAACAAAGUCCAUCCCCAGCAUUUGGUGGAUACACAUCUCUGAAUGUUUGGUAAGUGUAGCGAUUUGUGGACUGUUUUAUGUUAUUCAUUGAAAAGGUGUUAUCGGUCCUUAUACAGCUUAUGGUUAGUCAUUAGCCUAUUGAUAACUGUUUUUAUUAAUACACCCUUUUAUGGGACAUAUUAUGGUAUACUGUUGUCCAACUGUCUGUCGGUCCGUCAUCAACACAUUGGACAAUAACUCAAAAAAUGCUUUCACCAAUUUUCAUGAAACUUUUGGUGAAUUGUUUAUAUCUGUUGACGUAAGCUUCCUUUGGGUUUUAUGAAUUUCUGAUUUUACGUUUCCGAGUAUCAUGACUUUAUUCUUAAAAGGGUGGAAUUUUCCAAUUUUCUGGUUAUAACUCAAAAAUGCUUUGAACAAUUUUCAUGAUACUUUGAAUUGUUUUUAUAUAUUGACAUAACUUCCCUUUCGAUUUAAAAAAAAAUCUGAUCUAAUGUUUUCGAGAAUUGGAACUGUAUUCAUAAAAAAAGGGGUAUUUUCCAGUUUCCCGACAAUAACUCAAAAAUACUGAGCAAUUUUCAUGAAACUUUGGUGAAUUGGUUAUAUCUAUUGAAAAUAGCCCCUUUUAGUUGUUUUUUUAAUAAAUUUCUGAUAGACAUUGCGGAGUUAUGUAACUUGAUUUGUGGAAAAAUAGUUGAAAACUGUCCCUUUUUCACACUUUGGAUGGUUAGAAAAUUUAUUUCUUCCAAAAUUGAGGCCAAAAAAUUAGUUAAAUUCUAGAUAACCUUACAUUUAUAUUCAUUGAAAGCAUAAAGUUGAGAUAAAAAGAGCAACAGCAUCUCAUACACUCAUGGUGCAGCUCUUAAUUUUUUUUUUGUAGUCAUUGUACUGUGAGUGAACUUAUAUUUGAACAAUUAAUUAAUUCAGAAAAUGUCAUUUUGUAGAUAAAAUAAAUUUAAUUUUAAUUGAUUUGAAGUAAGAAGUUUUACAGAUUCGAAAGUUUUAAGGAAAAAAACAUUUUUUUCAAAUAUAAAAAAAAUCCUUAAUUCUUAGAAUAUCAAAAUCCUGUUAAGUUACCUGUAUUUACAUUUUUUAAAAAAUAAUGUUUUUUAUUGCAGUUUUUUGUAUAAAAUGUGGUCAAGCCUUAUAGGAAUGAUGAUUCUGGGACUAAAGAGAAGUUUUCAUUUUGUAUUGAUCAGGUUGCAUACAUGACAUUAAUAUUGUAACUAUGCAUGUUUAUAGAAACCUUUUUAAACGACCGCAAAAAAUUUUGCCGUCGUAUAUUGGUUUCAAGUCGUCAACGUCGUUGGAAGACAUUUGGUUUCCGGACAAUAACUUUAGUAAAUGUAAAUAAAAAUCUAUGAAAUUUAAAUACAAGGUUUAUAACCACAAAAGGAAGGUUAAAAUUAUACCACAAGUUUCCAUACCACAGAGGGAUGGUUAGGAUUGGCUUUGGGGGGUUAUGGCUCAAACGGUUUAGGAAUUAGGGGCAAAAAAGGGGGAAAAACAAGGGUUUCCUCGUUAAUGGACAAUUAAAAAAAAGUACAAAGUUAUGUUUGGAUUACCUCCAAUUAUUAUACAAAUUCAGACCUGUAUCAAGCGUGAAUAUUGUGUCCAUUUUUGCCCCAACUGUUCAGGGUUGGACCUUUGCGGUCGUAUCCAGCUGCUCUCGGCGAAGCAAUUUAUUGAUAUAAUAAGAAAUAACAUUUUUAUCUGUCUGUAAUUACUUGGCUAGAAUUUUGAAUCAAAGUACUUCAUGGAAAUUCCUCAUUCUCAAAUUUUUGUUUGCCAUUUUUUCAAAUAAGAAAAAAGAAUUACUGUAAAGGCUGACUGCUGCUGUCAAAACGAGGAGGCUUAAUAGGCUUUAUUUGGUUUGAGGGUGGCCAUUGAUGCUAUCAGAGACAUGCAGGCUUUGGAGCCUCUAAUUGAAAAAUAGUAUUAUUUGGAAUUAAUCAGAAUGCAUAUGUAAGAAGAGUUAGAUUCAAUACAGUCCAACAACAACAGCAUUUAUGUUCAUUUUUAUAGAAGUUUUUGAAUCAUUAUCAACUGUUCUUGUUCAUAUUUUUUGUUGUUGAAGACUUGUCCUAAUAAAAUCUUUGUUAUAAA